UAUGAAUUUGGGUAUGAUUUAAGCAGCAAGAGGAGGAACAAGAAGACGAGCAGACGAGCGAGUGGGACGCUUUUGCUAGCCGCCUUUUCCACGUGUUUUUGUCUCCUUCAAUCCACAUUUUAUGCGCAAAGUGUAGUUGCGCACGCAAAAAGCGUCGAGUGAAGAAGUCCACCAAACUCAGAGGAGAAGCAGAAGAGUGGUCAUGGAUACGUCCUCACGGAUUCUCCUGCUGUUCCUGCUCCUGCACUCCGCUGCCGUCUUGUCCCUGUCCACACACGCGGCAUGGGUCUCCCCCCAGGACCCCGUCCUCCGCGUGGGUUCCAACCUGACCGCUAGUUGCUGGGUGCAACCGGACUCCGGCGUCCACGCCAGUUCGCUGUACUGGACGCUGAACGGCCAGCGGCUGCCCGCCUCCACGUACCAGACACUGAGCGCCAGCAACCUCAGCGUGACUCUCAGCGGGCUCAACGCCUCACGACAGCGGUCCGGCGACAAUCUGGUGUGCCAUAACCACAAGGGACACAUCCUGGCCGGCUCCUGCAUCUUCGUCGGAAUGCCUCCGGAGAAGCCUUUCAAUUUGACGUGCUGGUCUCGGAACACCAAAGACCUGACGUGCAGCUGGGCGCCGGGAGGGAAAGGGGAGACCAGCAUUACGACGCAGUACUUGCUCAAGUACAAGCUCAGGUGGUACGGCAAGGAGAAGGAGUGCGAGGACUACACGCACGCUCAGCCGUACUCGUGCAGCAUCACUCGUGACCUGCACCUCUUCACCCCGUAUGAGAUCUGGGUGGAGGCGUCCAACCAGCUGGGCCGCGCCGCUUCCGACGUCAUCAUGUUGGACAUCCUUGACGUGGUGACAACGGAUCCUCCGUCGGGGGUGACUGUGAGCCGCGUGGGGCAGUUGGAGGACCAGCUGAGCGUUCGCUGGGAGGCCCCGCCGGCACUCAAGGACUUCCUGUUCCGGGCCAAGUACCAGAUCCGUUACAGACUGGAGGAUAGCCAAGACUGGAAGGUGAUGGAUGACGUCGGCAACCAGACGUCUUGCAGGCUGGCCGGUCUCAGACCUGGAACCGUCUAUUUUGUGCAGGUCCGAUGUAACCCGGUGGGCAUCUACGGUUCCCGCAAAGCUGGAAUCUGGAGUGAAUGGAGUCAUCCCACCGCUGCAUCCACACCGCAUAGUGAGCGGGCAGCGUCGGGCUCAUGCGACCCCAAGUCGAGCGGCGACUCCAACUCGACCUUGCGCCGCGAGUUGAAGCAGUUCUUCGGCUGGGCGCGCAAGCACGCUUACGGCUGCAGCAGCAUGUCCAUGAAGCACUACGACCAAUGGCGGGUGAUCAUGCAGAAGUCGCACAAAGCACGCAACCAGGUAGGUUCUCCAAGGGGAUAAGUCGUAGCACAUGCCAAGUGGGAAAAAAACAACACAGAGCGAUCGCAAUGACAACCAGAGGAUGGUCGUAAAAAUUCGAAGGACUGUUUUUUCUUGUUGUUUUUUGCAGCCAGAUGAUAUCUGGAGAUGUUGCUUUUUUUUUUUUUUUUUUGUCUGGUUUUGACAUUUUUGACACAAAUUUCCAGUUUGACAUUUGCAUCUUGGAAAAUACUUGGAGCAUCCUGCCAAGGCAUUUUCCGACAAUUUUCUUCCCACAUUUCCCCCCCGUCCCACGUAGGGAACAUAUAAUGAAUGUUAAUCGGCGUUUUCUGAAUAAUAUUUGGGGUUUGCAGGGUUUUUUUUUGUUUGUUUUGCAGACCCCCUGAGAAAGGUAUGCUAAACUUUCUCAUUUUGUUUUGAAAUUUACAAAGCCGACCUGGAGGUAAUUUCAGGCCCAAGGACGCUCUGCUCUACCAACUGAGCCACAGCUGCGCUAUUGCCAAAUAUUGCUCUGUCUCUGAGGAAGUGAGGAGGAGUUUCAUUCCAUCGGGCUGGAGCUUAACUAAGAGGAAGAAAAAAAAAAGUGCUUUGCUGCCAUCUUUCGGCAUCUACUCUACAGGCAAUUACAAACCACAAGUCAGUGAUGUCCCGACCCACUAAAAUUAAUUACUUGCAUACUUACAUACAAAAAUCAUUUAUACCAAAUUCCAGCACAUAUUUGUGUUUUACAACGAUUCAUACCAAACUUCCAAAAUGAGUGUACAAAUAUUUGGUUGUGUCCUAUUUUUUGGGGCAGGCAUCUUUGGUUAUUUCAGAAAGAGCAAUAAAACUGCAAAUGGGUGGGGAAGCGCAAAUCCAGCCCUCAUCAUCACGCAGUAUUUUGUCAAAACGUGCCAAAGAAUUUUUGUUUGUGUGUGUUAGUUAAUUUUUUUUUUAAGCCAGACAUCUCGUGCCUCGCCUUUAUUUUUGUACUGAAUCAUAGCGGCAUAUUUAAGAGUGUGUAAAGUUAUGUGUUUUGAUUUUAAGUUAUGUUUUAGCUAGUGAAUAAAUAUUAAUGACUGACUGAA